CGUGUGCCCCGCCCCGUCAGUACGGCCCGCUCCUUACGCCCAGCUUGGGUAGCGACCCGGCCCACCAAAGAUUCUGACCCCCCACCCUCGAGAACCAAGGGCCCGCGGAUGCAGGGCGCGAUGGCCGCCCCAUUCGCGGCCCCGGUCACGCGGCAGAUCAGCGGCUGCGCCGCCCCAGCCCCAGUCCCAGUCCCAAGCGGCCCCGAGAGCGGGCAGCGCCUGGCCGCCGCCGUGGCCGACCUGCCGGUGCUGGACGCCUCCGGGAAGCGGGUGCUGUUUGGCGCGCUGUUCCGGGAGCGCCGGGCUGUAGUGGUCUUCGUGCGGCAUUUCCUGUGUUACAUCUGCAAGGAAUAUGUAGAAGAUCUGGCCAAAAUCCCCAAGAGUUUCUUACAAGAAGCAAAUGUCACUCUUAUAGUGAUUGGACAGUCAUCCUACCAUCAUAUUGAGCCUUUCUGUAAACUGACUGGGUAUUCUCAUGAAAUCUAUGUUGAUCCUGAGAGAGAAAUUUAUAAAAGAUUGGGAAUGCAAAGGGGUGAAGAAAUUGCCUCCUCAGGACACAGCCCCCAUAUAAAAUCAAAUAUAGUCUCAGGAAGCAUUCAGAGCCUGUGGCGAGCAGUGACUGGCCCUCUUUUUGAUUUUCAAGGAGAUCCAUCUCAGCAAGGUGGAACACUCAUUUUAGGUCCAGGUAACAACAUCCAUUUUAUACACCGUGAUAGGAAUAGGUUGGAUCACAAACCCAUCAACUCUGUUUUACAGCUUGUAGGAGUUCAGCAUGUGGACUUCACAAGCAGACCUUCAGUUAUCCAUGUGUGACAUUACAGACUCUGUCACUUUCAAAUGGACCUUGGGAUAUGACUUGAAUUGUGGGAAUGUAGUAUACUUGUGCAGUGCCUAACUUAUUGGCUCUUCCCAGCCUUUGAGGAGUUAUGAAACCAUAAAGAGACCAUGUACCACCAGUUGAAUAGCAUGCUGAGAGGCAUCAGUUGUCAAAAAUGUGAUAUAUAUUUAUAAUUUUAUAGCUUUUAAAGUUUUAUUUUCUAUAAAAAUUUCUGUAAAAAAAUUAAAUUUUAUUUUUGCAAAAUAAAACUUUAAAAACUAUAAAAUUAUAAAUACCAUUCUUUAUUUUACAUUAUGAUAUAUCCAUUCAAUGAAGGUUUCUUUGGCCAUUAAAAUAAUAAAUUCUUAUGAAGAACAUAUAAGGAGAAAGGGAAGCAACCCAAGACCAUUUUAUCCAUUGAGAAAAGCAGGAUCUCAAAUUCUGUAAACAGUAUAAUCACAUUUUUGUAUGUAUAUGUUUAUAUUUUUUUAUGCUUAGAAAGAAAGACAGGAAGUAAACACACCAGAGUAUCACCAGUUAAGUAUCUCUAGGUGGUAGGAUUACAAGUGUUUUUAUUUUUUUUCCAUACUUUUUUAUAAUUCCCAACUAUUCUAUAAUGAACAUGAUUCAUUUUUUUGGCAAGGAAAAGGUCUUUAAAAUUAUACGAAGAAUAUAUCCCUACAUA